AGCUAACAAGAGUCUCUGAAGAUUUGGAUUUUCUUUCUUUCACCAGAAAAUCAAGCCUCUUCUCUUCUAUUCAGACACUGCAAAUUUAGGGUUUUUAAUAGCAAGAACAUUUGCAGGGCAGUAAUCGAAGGGCAGAUUGAAUCUUGAUAAAGGAGUUUGGGAAGACAGAAGAAAAUGUCGGGUAUGGGAGAUGGGUAUGUGGGCACUGCCCAAGAUGCUGUGAGAAUCCGAAGGCUUGAGAAGCAAAGAGAAGCGGAGAGGCGAAAGAUUCAAGAGCUGAAGAACAAGAGUGCUUCCUCUAAAGGCCAACCUGGCCUCCUCCAAUUUGGCUCCAGCACCUCUGAGAUACUCGAGACAGCAUUUAAGAAGGAAACUGUUGGGUUGGUGAGUAGGGAAGAAUAUGUUGAGAAGAGGGUUAAUAUUAGGAGUAAGAUUGAAGAGGAAGAAAAAGAGAAGCUUCAGAAGUUGCAACAAGAGGAGGAGGAACUUCAGCUACAGAAGCUUAAGAAGAGAAAAGUGAAGGUGGACCCUCGGUUAUCCUUUUGUGAUGAUAUUGAGAAUUCCAACACAGAUGAAGAUGUAGAAAACGUUGGAAGGAAAGAAUCAGAAAGGCUUGGAUGUUGGAAAUUCGGGAAGGAUCCAACUGUUGAAACUAGUUUUUUGCCUGAUAGUGAGAGAGAGGCAGAGGAGCAAGCUGAGCGUGAAAGGCUACGGAAGCAGUGGCUUGUUGAACAAGAACGUAUUAAAAAUGAACCCCUUGAAAUUACUUACAGCUACUGGGAUGGGACAGGCCAUAGACGGGUUAUCCAGGUUCGGAAAGGAGAUUCAAUAGGGGAGUUCCUUCGAGCUGUACAACAGCAACUUGCACCAGAGUUUCGAGAGGUCCGGACAACAUCAGUGGAUAAUCUGCUAUAUGUGAAAGAAGAUCUUAUCAUUCCUCAUCAACACAGUUUCUAUGAGCUGAUUGUUAACAAAGCUAGGGGAAAGAGUGGACCGCUUUUCCACUUUGAUGUGCAUGAGGAUGUGAGGACAAUAGCUGACGCAACAAUAGAGAAGGAUGAGUCACAUGCUGGGAAAGUUGUUGAAAGGCACUGGUAUGAGAAGAAUAAGCACAUUUUUCCUGCUUCACGUUGGGAGAUAUAUGAUCCAACAAAGAAGUGGGAAAGGUACACUAUCCAUGGGGAUUGAUAUGUUGAAGCCAAAAUUACCCCUUCAGUGUUAUUUGAUUGCAGAACAGAAGUGCCUUGUAAAGCUAGAAAUGUAUCUUAUCAAUUGGACCGAUAUGAUAUAGAAAAACUUGUGCUUUUGUUUAUUAUUGUGCUAGAAACGUAUCUUACAAGAUCUGGAGUUGUAUGUUCUAUGCAUCGUUUUGGUUUUAUUUGCUGUUGCAGCAGAAUUUCUCUUUUUGUUUGAUCAGACCAAACCUGAGUGGAUGUGUAAUAGCUGAUUAGUGACUGUUGAUAGACAUGCAUGUUCAAUUUUCUGAUCAAACAGCUAUUUGCUAGCA